GGUUGGUUCAGCCCCCGUCUACUCCGGGGUGGUGCUUAGCCGGCGCCAGAUCGACCCUCGACUUCGGAGGGGCAGCGCUGUGCCUCUGGGCGCUUCCUCAGCGGCCGCUUCGGCUCCUUCCGCCCCGUCGACCUCUUCAGCCCCCGCCGGGACCCGAGACGUCGGUGUAUGCACCACCCUUGACCUCGCUAGAGCUAUGUCCACCCCGGCUCGGCGGCGCCUCAUGAGGGACUUCAAGAGGUUGCAGGAGGAUCCCCCGGCCGGAGUCAGCGGGGCUCCGUCCGAGAACAACAUAAUGGUUUGGAACGCGGUCAUUUUCGGGCCUGAAGGGACCCCGUUUGAAGAUGGAACAUUCAAGCUUACAAUAGAAUUCACCGAAGAAUAUCCAAAUAAGCCACCGACGGUUAGAUUUGUCUCUAAGAUGUUCCAUCCAAAUGUCUACGCAGAUGGUAGUAUAUGUCUGGACAUACUUCAGAACCGUUGGAGUCCAACCUAUGAUGUAUCUUCCAUUUUAACAUCCAUACAGUCUCUGUUGGAUGAACCCAAUCCCAAUAGCCCAGCAAACAGCCAGGCUGCCCAGCUGUACCAGGAGAACAAGCGGGAAUAUGAAAAACGUGUUUCUGCGAUCGUAGAACAGAGCUGGCGUGACUGUUGACCCGGGUGCAGCAAAGGAAGAGGCUGGUCAAGAGGAAAAUCUAUAUUGAUGUGUUUGUCUCCUUCCUGUUCACUGUCAUUACAUUUACUUUAUUAAAAGCAAAAUAGCUGUUGUGCCGUUUCCA